AGGUAUCCUCUCCAGAAAAGAACCAGAAUGUACUUUACUAUUUUACUUAAAUGGGUAGAAUUGGAAUCCAGGUGAUUUUUUUGGGAAAGUUAAUAUGGAUAACAGCUUAGAACAAAAAUUAUUUAAAGUAUCCCUACGCUUUUUGAUUCCUGAUGACAUUUCUCAGAUCAAGGAGCUGUGUGGGGACUGGUUUCCUAUUGAUUACCCUCCAUUUUGGUACGAAUGCAUCACAGAGACAGACCAGUACUAUGCUCUUGCUGCUUUGCACAACUCAACCAUCAUUGGACUGCUGGUUGCACAAACAAAACCUCUGGCUGAUAUGAAUCCUGAGGACCAUCAGAUUCUUUUGCAUGCUGACCUUCAUGAUGGCAACAUUGGUUACAUCCUGACUCUUGGAGUACGGAAGCCAUACAGACGACUUGGUCUGGCCACCCUCCUUCUGAACCAGUACAUGGAACACCUAAGGCUUGACUGCCAUAUCAAGUUACAAAAUUUCAACCUCACCGAACCCAAGUGUUUGGGCUCCAAAACACCAAUUGACUUUAAAGCCUCCCAAUUUCCUGGUCAUGUGAACAACGCUGAUCUCAAUGAGGGUGGAAUGUCAAGUUUCUCAACUACUGCUCAAUUGGGUGCACCUGGGCUGCUGGGUUCUGAAUUACAUUUUAAAGUCAAAGUACAAAAGUUGCCAAACUCUGAAAGUAGAAGAGAUGUUCUUAGUGCUUCAAAACCUGGUGAAACUCUCGAGAAUGCCUUUGACCUUCAAAAAUCUCAGUGCCAGGAGCUGAAAUCUGAAUUAGGCAAAAAUGGGGAGAAAAAAUUCAAUAAUGAUUUGAACAAAUGUUCAUCUAAUGGUCUGUUCCAACCAGAAAUCAAUGAUCCCUUUCAUGUUGCUGUUUCUGAAUCUUGCCUGGCUCUGCAAAACUUGCCUAAUAUCAACUCUCUCAGAAAAAGUUCACACCUGUGUACUUCAGGCGACAACUGUUUUUUCAGAAAUUCUCAAAUCUCAUAUGCCAGUAAUUCAAUUUCAUCCAUUUCUAAUGCUGGAAAUUGUCAUGACUGGAUGCACCUAGUUGAUGUUGAUAAUAGAUACAUGGCGUUGAUUCAGAAUAGCCCUUCCACUGAUCCCGAAAAUCAAAAUUAUAUUUCAAAUAAUAAUACUCGAUCGGAAACAACAAUUUGUCAAACGCUUCCAGCCACUCUGAAAAAUAAUAAUAAUUCUGAGGUCAUAAUACCAAUGCCUGAAAUUGAACCAGUGAAUAAUUUCAAUGAAAAUGGUGUUAAUAAUUCUACUGAAAUUGAUCAGUUCGGAGGAAAAACCCUUACAAUUCCUGACAUAAACUGCAACAUUGGAGAAACUCUGGAUGACUGUCCUGAAAAGGUUAUACAGAAUGAAGAAAAACCUGGAUCCAGUAAAGGAAAUCUGGGAAAAGUUAAUCAGACGUUUGUGCCGAUAAAUGAUAAGAAUUUUUCCACCAAGUUCUCUAGUAAACUGGAGAACGACAGUGAUACCCUCCCAUGCAAGACUGGUCACCUGGAUACCACUGCCAGCCAUCCCACAAUUUUGAGCUCGUACAUAGUGGAGAGCGAGGUGUCGCACAACGAUGUGUUACAGAGACUGAGGUGCUACAGCGCUGCUCAUGCCGACGCGCCAGUCACGGCUGUGCUUCUCCACGUGCUCUCCACCAACGCCGAAGCUAUACACUUCUACACGAGAAGGAACUUCUCGCGUCUUGCUUUUCUGCCAAUGUUUUACCUCAUCAAAGACUCCCGUAUGGACGGCUACUCGUACGUCUUCUACCUGAACGGCGGGGAGCCUCCAACAUCGUUCUUCUCAGACCCAUUAAAAUCUCUUGAUUUGCCUCCGUCCCCAUCAUUGAGUGACUUCUCGUUGGUGCCCCUCAAGAUGGCAGGGAAAGUUGCCCGUUGGGUGCUCGGUCCCGACCGUACUCGUGUGAUGAGCUUUGUAGUCACCAGCUUCUUUGAGCUCAUGGGAAAAAUGGUGACGUCAUUGGUAGGAACUGACAACAGAUGAUGAUGGCUUGUGAUGAUUAACCGAGUUGGGGACGCUUAACUAGGUGGGGUUCUCGAAGAAAAUGGUGAAGUUGAUAGCGUGCCCUGAUUCGAGAUGUAUACUUGAACUAGCAAUGUACGUAUGUGUAUAUACAGUAUGUUGGGUUCAUACAGACUAUAGAGCAUUUAUAUUUCGUUUAAGCCGUUGGAUGUUAUUCACCGAAAUUUUAAUUUUUUCUCUGUGCAAUUAAAGAGUCAUGUUAUUUCCUCGUCUUCUAUAGAAAAAUUCGUUUUUAUCAUGUUUUUACGAUUUUAUUCUAAUAAGAUAUGUUACUUUAUUACACAUAGUUGUGCUAGGCAGUAUUUUUUCCAAAGCAAACUGCCCUUUAACGCUUCAGAGGCAGUUAUAACUAAAGUUGCGCAUUCAGCACAUGCAAAGUUUUUGAGGUUUCUUACUUAAAUCUUUGUCUGCAAUUUGCUUUUGACACCAAAAAUAAUUUUUAAUGUGGAUUUUUAGUCUCAAAGCUCUUGUGUACAUUCCGGUUUCCGAUGCUUAAAUGAAGGUUGAUCUUAGUACACUAUUGCCGUAGCUGCAGCAUGUGCACUUCUCUGCCUUGUCUUAAUACUAGUCUGGUUAUCUUGUGUCCUCUAGUCGCAACUAGUCUAGCCAUGAUCCAAGGUAGGAUUGAACUAUUAGGGAGUAUGAUCAGAGUUGAAUGCGAUGUGUCUUAAAUGUGUCUAGGUGCUGUGACCCAAGUCUCAAGCAUAACCUGAUAACCUAGUAAGUAGCGUCUAUAAGCACUGAUUUGUCCGCUAUAAAUCUCAUUCCUGCUUCAGAGAGGCCAUCAGAAAUAUGAACGGUUCUCAGAGCGGUAUUAUCUCAGUCGCUCAAAUCUGUACCGUUACUCAUUCGAGAUUUGUUUCUCAUAGUCAUCCCUUUCUGUUUCCUUAUCUUUAGGAGACAUUUCUCUUUGUUUCCUCAUCCUUAGCAGACAUUC